AUGAAGAAAUUCAAUGCAAGUUACUCGAAAACAUAUCUGACGCGGCACAACUACUACGGACCAAAUCUGCUGAAAACCAUCCGAGGACGCCGGACCGACACCGCUUCAGGACCUGCCUUGGGAGAAGACUUGAAAAGAAAAAGUCCCAACAUGAAGCCAAGGAUGGAAGAAGAUGAUGAAUUGGCCAUAUAUGCUCAGCCAAUGAGUAGUGAUGAAGACUUCAUCGUUCCCAAGGAAACCGCCAAACGCUCGCCCAGAAAAUUGAAAACUGAGACCAUGAAACCCUCCCGUGCCUCUCCAAAACGUCCUGCAAACACCGCAGCCUCGACCAGAUCGAAGCGAAGGAAACUUCAAGACGAGCCUUCUAUCGAUAACGUCAUUACCCCGGGAAAAGAUGAAGUUGGCGAUACAUUUCCUAGCUGGAAUGUUGGCUCUCAGAAGAGAAAGUUACAAAAAAACUACGCCAAUCGCAAAUUCUUCGUGAAACCCGAGAUUGUCGAGAGCAAGGAUGACUUACGUGGAUCGAAGCAAGAGUUCAUUUCGCAUGAUGUGGUCGAAAAAAGGGAAGAUGUGAACUCUAAGACCGGGUUUCAAGAGAUUAGCGCACUACCAAGGAAACGUGCUACAAGGAGUCUCUCUCACUCAAAGCCGUCGUUGGACAUUGCGGAUCUACCACAGAAAGGUUCACCGUCCAAAGAGUCGGAUUUUUUCAUGCCAGAUCUGCCAGACUUCGAUUCAUCUGCUCCGACCACUGGAACAGAUAAUCCAUCCACAUUUUCCGAGGAAUUUUCACCUGACAAACCCGGUCAUAACAGAUCGGGUUCAACGUCUUCCCUCUCAUCUGUCGAUUCUAUGUUCCUGCUGGAAAACAAACUUGAAAUGGAUGCCAUGGGCGACCCCGAAGUUACCGGUCAAAUCUGCCCGAUCUGCAAAAGGCCUGUCAAAGACUCUGUUUUAUUAUUUGUUCCCAACAAUCUUCGCAAAAUAUCUUUCCAAAAGCAACAAAAUUUCUGCUCACAACAUCAACUGGUCGAUGCCAAAGAACAGUGGAAAGAACGAGGAUACCCGGAGAUCAAUUGGGAAGAUUUGGAAGAAAAUCGAAUCCGCAAGAAAAUACCGAAUUUGAAGCAGAUCAUCAAUCGUGAGACCCCCAGUUUUUAUCGGGAUCAUCUGGAUACCAGAAUCGAAGCUGCCAAAGGCCAUGGCAAAGCCAUUCGCACAUAUCUCAACCAGGGAAUCAUUGACGUCGUCAAACAGGGUUAUUACGGUCCGAAAGGAACGCAGAUUAUGAUCAAUGCGAUUACCGAGUCUCUUAGUGGAUCUUUGAACAAAGCUCUGCAGUCGGAUUCUACGCUGCGAACGGCGGGUGUGGGGUACUUUGUGAGUGCCGUGUUAGUGCCGGAGCUGACGUUACAGCUUGUGAUGGAAGAUAUGAAGUUAUCGAGGAAAGAGGAUGGGAGAGCUGUGAUGGAUGAGAGCACACAUAUUGGUAUUUUGUUGAAUCCUGAUGAUGAUCGAGUUGAAAGGGGAGGGGAAGGGGAAGACGAAGAUGGAAAUUGA